AAAUUUGACAGAGUUUUGUGAACAUGGCUGGCGUGUUUGGUACGGAAAUUUGGAAAAAUUGGGAAAAAUCCGGGAAACAGGAGUUUAUCAAAACUUGUAUUCCAUUAUUGAAAGAUGAAACAAAAAGCCCUCUUUUUGAUGUACAUGGAAAAUCAUCAAACAUUGUCCAUUUUAUCCAUGAGCUCAUCGAAAAGGGAGUUAAAGGUGUUAUUAGAAAGGAGUCUGUUGUUUCAACACUCCAAGAAUUAGUGAGUCUGCAUCCAGACGUCCCCUCAAUCAUUUUAGAUGUAUUGAAUUUAACUGAUGCAAUUACUUCUCAGACUGAAGGGGAUGAUUCCAAAGACAGGAAUAAUUUUUCUGCCAUCAUAAAAGAAUGUGAAAAGUUCUUAUCUGAUAAAUUAUUGAAAGAGAGGUUGGAGAUCGAUACACUACAAGAAGUUGGGGUAUUGAAAAAUAACACAUUUUAUUCCAAGUUCAUCAAAGUGAAGACAAAACUUUAUUACAAACAGCGUAAAUUCAAUCUGUUUCGAGAAGAAUGUGAAGGUUUUGCUAAACUAGUUACAGAAUUGAAUAAUGAAUUCAGUGAGAAUACUGAUCCUUCAGAGUUGAUUGGUAUAGUGCAAUCUUUAAUAGGAUGCUUCAAUUUGGAUCCAAAUAGAGUAUUAGAUGUGAUCUUAGAGAGCUUUGAAAGUAAGCAGAAAGAUGCCAGAAUAUUUGUUCCAUUAAUAAAUUCAUAUAUGAACGAUCCACGUAUCAUCAGUGAGGUAUUAUCCACAAAGUUUGGAUUUUUGAAGAACAAUGAACAGGAAGUUCCACAGUCCCUAUAUGUGCUUACAGCACAGCUCCUCCAGCAUAAGAUAAUAAAAUUGGAUGACAUUUAUCAUUGGUUGUAUCCAGAAGACAAAGUAAUGGUAAAAGAGUUUGACAAGAACAUGAAAGAUGCUAAAGAAUAUGUGAGAAAACUACAAAUAAUAAACCUCAACAACAAAGAUAAAGAGAAUACUCCUGAAGACCCAGAAGUAUACGGCGAAAAUUAUGUGGGAAACCAAAAGUUGGGUUUGUGUGAAGCCUUAUUGUUGGUGGGAGAUUGGGAAAAUGCCCAGCUCUUGAUAAAAAGGCUGCCAGAACAUUAUGCUGUUGGGUAUGAGCCAAUAGCUGCCGCCUUAAGUGCUCUUAUUCAUCAUAUUAUCGAACCUGUUUAUAAAAAGCACGGCAUCAUCAGCGAGAAAAUCCCCCGCAAGCCGGUCCCCACCGACGACAUCCCCGCCGCGCCCAGACCCGCGCACACCUUCUCCGACCUCAAGGCCGCCGCUAUUCCCAUGCUGCUCGCGCUCGGCUCCUCGCUGCGCUUCGAUCCGGUCUUGCUCAGCAAGUUCGUGCGCCUGAGCAAAGCGGCGCUAGCGUCGUACGGGAUCGACGGCGCCAAAUGCGCGCCACCUACCGAGGACUCUCUCUACUACGACAUUUUGUCGCUAUUGGACGAGACCAUACUGCCGUCUCUGUCUUACUUGGAGUGCAAUUGCUGCAUCGCUGAGGAGAUAUGGACUCUUGUGAGGCUGUACCCUUACCAGAUAAGGUACGCGCUAUACUCGAGAUGGAAGAACGAAACUUACUCGGUGUACCCAGAGCUGCUGAGAAAAAGGGCCGACUCCGAGAAACAAAUAAAAAACAUAAUGAAGCGAGUGAGCAAAGAGAACGUCAAGCCAGUAGGGAGACUGAUCGGGAAGCUGACUCACUGCUCCCCUGGUUUCCUCUUCGACUACGUCCUCUUGCAGAUCCAGGUGUACAACAACCUGAUCAAUCCUGUGGUGGAUUCGCUCAAGUAUUUGACGAACUUGUCCUAUGACGUGUUGGGUUAUUGUCUGAUCGAGUCGUUGGCUAAUGCUGAGAAGAAGCGCGUGAAGCAUGACAGCACGUCCAUCUCUACCUGGUUGCAGAGUUUGGCGAGCUUCUGCGGAGCCGUUUACAAGAAGUAUACGAUUGAGUUGACUGGCUUGUUGCAGUUUGUUGCCAAUCAGCUGAAGGCGCAGAAGAGCUUGGAUUUGCUUAUUCUCAAAGAAAUUGUGCAGAAAAUGGCUGGAGUCGAUGCUGCUGAAGAUCUCACUAUAGAUCAGUUGAAUGCUCUAUCUGGUGGAGAACUUCUUAAAUCAGAGGCCGGCUACUUCAGCCAAGUGCGCAACACCAAAAAGUCCUCCUUGAGGCUCAAAGAAUCGAUGGCGGAAAACGAUCUGGCAGUGGCCCUCUGCCUGCUGAUGGCCCAGCAAAACUAUUGCGUUGUAUACAAGGAGACCCAAAAGAGUCACAUGAAGCUGGUGGGCAAGCUGUCGGAUCAGUGUCAGGACACGCUCGUGCAAUUCGGGACGUUUUUGGGAUCGACUCUUUCCGUCGACGAGUACGUCAAUAAGUUGCCGUCGAUACAGAGCAUGCUGAUGGAUUAUCACAUUCCUUUGGAAGUGGCUUUCUUCCUUGCCAGGCCCAUGUUCAACCAUGCUACCAAUCAAAAAUACGACCAGUUACGUAAAGCAGAUCCAAACUACAAGAAGAUGUCGUCAUCAUUGAAGAAUCAAAAAUACUUCGAGGCAGUAACCGAAAUAAUGCAACCCGUUCACACCUCUUUGAUCCCCCUGCAUACUCCCAGAGUGUGGGAAGACAUCUCCCCCCAAUUCCUGUCGACCUUCUGGUCAUUGACCAUGUACGACCUACACGUACCUGAAGAUACAUACCAGCAAGUGAUAAACAAAGCGAAACAGCAAUCCUUGGCCAACAUGGACUCGGGAACCAAGGGCAAAAAGGAACAAGAACGGUACCAGACGUUGUUUGAGAAGCUGCAAGACGAGAAAAAGAAACACAGCGAACACGUAGAUAAGAUAAUGAACAGGUUGAAGCAGGAGAAGGACAGCUGGUUUUUGUCCAGGACGCCGAAAGCUGUCAAGAACGAAGCUAUCACUAGAUUUCUUCAGCUUUGCGUUUUUCCCAGGUGCACUUUCACUCAGGUGGAUGCAGUUUAUUGUGCAAAGUUUGUCUACACGAUUCAUCUUCUCAAGACUCCGAAUUUUUCCACUCUGCUGUUUUACGAUAGGCUAUUUUGCGACGUCACUUAUUCCAUAACCUCCUGUACGGAAAACGAGGCCAUGCGUUACGGCAGGUUCCUCUUCUCCCUGCUGGAAACGGUCUCCAGAUGGCACAAAACAAAAGAAACCUUCAACAAAGAGUGCACAAACUACCCGGGCUUCGUCACGAAAUACCGGAAGAACAACCAACAAGCCGACAAUCUGGACAACGUCGACUACGAGAACUACCGGCACGUGUGCCACAAAUGGCACUUCAAAUUAGCCAAGGCCAUGGUCACUUGCUUGGAGUCCAAACUCUACGUCCAGAUAAGGAACGCUCUGAUCAUCCUGAUCAAAAUCAUCCCGCAUUAUCCGGUGCUGAUCAAGUUGAGCCAGUUCAUCGAGAAGAGGAUCGAGAAAGUGAGGGACGAAGAGAAGAACAACCGACAGGACUUGUUUACGCUUUCGAGCAGCUAUUUGGGGCUGCUCAAGCAGAAGAACGCUAGCGGACAGAUGAUGAAGGAGAGCGACUUCCAUAUCCCGUUGGAAAAGGAAAAGGCAAAAAACACUGAGGCAAAAGCUGAAGCAAACAACAAAGCCAAUGGUAAUGCUAAAGAAGAUGCAUCAAAGGAGAAACCCGAUAAAAAGGCAUCGAAACAAACCACCGAAGAAGUUAAAACUGCAUCAAAAACACAAGCAGUGUCCAUGGAGGCAACUAGCUCAAACAGUAAAGAUAAGACUGAAAAGAUACACAAAGAAGAACAACAGAAAGAGAAAUAUAAAUCGGAAAAGAAGGAAGAAUCAGAAAAGGAAAGAGACAGGGAAAAAAGACGAGAUAGAAGAGAUGAAAAGACUAGCAAUAACAAAGAAGAAAGAUACAAUCGGACACAGGACGAAAGAUUUAUCGAAAUGGUGAGUCCGAAAGAAGAUCGGCAUUCGGGCGAGAAACAAACUGAAAGAUAUUACGAGGAAAGAAGUACCCACCACUAUCGCGAAGCGAGGGAAGAUAGAGAAGUGGGUGUGAGCAACAACGGCAACACGGCAAGACUCAGUCAGGAACCUGAGCCAGAAAGAGAUAACAAAAGAAGAAAAGUCGACAGUUCUUCGAAGAAUUCCAAACACGAUGACCGCAAGUCGGGAGAAUUCUUUACUGAAAAAGUUGACAAGAGAGAACGUACAGCCAAACCUAAAGAAAAGCGAGAGAAAAUGACAGAGGAAGAGAAGGAGAUUAGGAAAGAACGGAAACUUGGUAGGAAGAGGGAUCGAUUGGAGGAAGCUGUCCAACUGGAAAUGAAGAGACGUAGGGAAGAGGACAAAGUUACCAAGAUGUCACCAAAUGGGGAGCUUAUUGAACCUCCAGCUCUUCCUCGAGAGAAACACCACCGAACAAGGGAAAUAUCACCAUAUCCAAGAGAUAGAUCGCAUGAGAAAUCUGAACCGAGAGACAAACAUAGGAGGAGUUCGGAAAAUAAAAGAAGAUAGCUAUCAUUCCUGCAUAAGACAAGGACUUACAGGAUUCCUCCCGUUGAUAAAUGAAUAAGUGCAAGAGUAAACUCUAAUGUAAAUGUUUAUUUUAUAUGUGAUUUAUAGUUGUAUGUAAUAAAGUUGGAUGACUUAAGUUUUAUACUUACAUCAG